AUGACCUCUACCGCCUUUGCUGGCACAGACGCGUCGCGUUCAGCGCGGUCAAGGAUUUUGACGCCAAGUUCCGAGGGAAGCUCAAAUCACAAAGAUGAGCUGCGCUCGCCCGACAGACACAGGAGGAAGAGGGCAGAUUCAGUUACUAUGCAGCAUCUCUUGAAGCCUUCAAUUGCCGUCAAGCCGCACCCUCCGAAGCUUAACGUCCAACCUCGUAUCCUCUACCCGUUGAUGGUCCUCCCUCGCGAACACUUCCCGCUCUCCUGUAUCGACUUCCACGCUACCAAUAUCGACCUUGCCUCAUAUCGAUUUUUCGAGUCCCAUGUGAAAAUACUUGACUUGGAGAGCCGUAUGGGCUCUGGCCCUGUAGUGCUUCUUGCUAGAAAGGAAUCGAGUCGAGCCGUGUACGCCCUUGAACGGCAGGAAAAUGGACUGUAUGCUAUAUGCAGACUGGGCCCCUGGGUAGAUCUAGAUAUUUUGGCAGGCCACGCAUCUGCCGUAUGUCAACAGCGUCUACACCCAGCUGUGAAGAGCGAGUCCCAAAUGCAGAACGGCCCAUCCGCUAUUACCACACCACAUAUACGCAAGGAGGAGAAGACCAAAAGAGCCGCCAUUGAAGCCAUUCAAUCUCUUGUUCGAAAAAGACCUAGGUCGCAGUCCGUCUCAACAUUGGCCGAGUCCGUGAAGCAAGAGACAGUAUCCGAAGCUGCUACUCCCACCGAAACAAAGCUUCCUUCACCAACACUCCAGCCAGAGGAGCUUGCGGCAAGCUUGGGCGAACUCCAGAACCAACCGUUACUCUCCACGAUCUCGAUCUCGACUCCCAUGAAUAUAGAUGAGCCCACUCAGCCACCAACUACAGAAGGAAUAUUUGAUACUUUAAGAACCCAGUACUUUGAUACGCUAUAUAAGUCUAUGGGAUCGCUCGCAUACUUUGCUAAAGGACCACUCUCGCGCGCUCGUUCUACUUUCCAACUUGAUCUCGAAUCCAACCUGGACAUAGGCGAUCUUAUCGAGCUUUUGAAGGGACUUGUUUUGACAACAGUGCAAAUCGACAAGAAAUAUCGUGAGAGUAUUCCCGGGCUCAUUGCCCAUUUGAAAACGGUGGUCGACAGUUCGGACGAAGGGCGCAAGAAAAAGCGUCGGGCAAGGAAGAUGAAACUUGGCAAGGACGGACUCUAUCCUCACGAAGAAACCCAUAUCAAAAAGUGGUGGCUCACCAAUAAGCCUGAACUGAAGGACGAUGAGACAGAUGUGCCUACCCAUCAGAUCAGGUCUCUCACUUCUAUGCUCCGCACAAGAGAGACCCAACUCCAGAUGAUCAUCAUAUUGGAAAUCCUUGCGCUGACUACGCUGAAACCUACUGAUGAAGCCGAAGACAGCCAGCUCCCUCCGUUACCCGGUGUUGCCGAGUCUCAGGGUGACAUGGCACCCCCUUCGGCCAAGAAGCGGAACAAACACAACCUUCCGGUUCUUGUUGAUGUCCAUGCCGAUCGCCUGACCAUCUGGCAAUCCACUGCGUCUGAUGAGCAGCUGCUAAUGGAAGAUUCCCAAGUCUCACAAGCUCCAGAUGGUCAGUCUCAACAGAAGGCAUCAUCAGAACCUCUCAAAGACUUCUGUGUGGACAUCAUUGUGCCAUUCUUUUCGCAUAGGCUUCCGGAGCUAUGUGACUCGAUUAAUCGCAAAUUAGGAGGACCAGUUAUCGUGAAACCAUCGAGGCCCAAGGCUCUGCGGCGCUCUUCAAGCAAACGUUCACCUAAGCCAGGUUCUGUAGCCAAACGUUCUGCAUCAGGCCAGCCUCCAAGGACGUUGCAACGAGCGCUCUCAACAGAGCAACAAUCGCGUCGUAGUGUUUCGAGAGGCCCUAGCAAUAUGAUUGCUCUUAUGCGCUCCGCCACGUCGACUUCUUUACCCGGAAUCAAGCGGGAAGCAAGCGAUCCAGCACUGGUCAAGUCGGUGCUGAAUGCUGAGCCUGAUCUGAUGAACAGAAAGAACGGGCCAUUAUCCCGAAGCAGCAGUAUUUCCAAUCUCCAGGAUUUGAGAUCCAGCAAGAAGGUCCAAGUCGAAGCAGAGUUAAAGGAGGCUAUAUCUUCUUUGAGAAAGCCCAACCGUGAAGUUGUUGGCAAGGCACUGGCUGAAGCGGCGGAGCGCCGUGCCACUGUAACCCUCUCGGCAAAGAAAGUGAGAAAGCCGGGCAGAAGCUCUUUAGGUGCAUCGGUGGUGAAAGCAACACCAGCAAAUGCUCGUUUCAAGGAUAUGUUCGCAUCGAAACCUGACAUAACCAAUACGCCCAUGAUGAGUACUGAGGAUGUUAUUCCUCCUUCAAGUCUGCCGUCCACGGUUCCCUCCACGGGCUACCGUGGAACUCAGAGGAAUAUUUUCCGUCAGAGUCCAACUCCUGACUUUGAGAGGAUUGGUAGUACGCCAACAAAGGUUGGAACGAGUUUCAUUCGUCGGCCUGCAAACGAUAUAGAUGUCUUGCCCUUUCCACCGUCCUCACCAAUCGUAGAGCGAAGGACCGUUUCUGCCGCAGAUCUGUUCAAUCCUGGCGGCAUAAUGGACAGAAAAAGAAAAGUAAGUUUUGGCUCGUCUCGAGAUGACGAGAUCAUGGCUACGCCUAUGAAGGCUAUCAAAACGAAGAAUAUAGUUGAUAUGGAGAACCUGAACAUGGAGCCCGAGCCUCCAAAGCCGGUGUCAAUCUAUCAGAAGUUGGGAUGGGACGACGACCUGGAUGACCUGUUAUGA